AUGCUCAUCGAAGGUGAGAAGUGGGCUUGUGAAGCUUGCGUCCGGGGUCACCGCGUCAGCAGCUGUCACCAUAGUGACCGCCCUUUGACCCACAUCAAUAAAAAAGGCCGCCCAGUCUCUCAAUGUACUCACUGUCGCGGCCUACGCAAGUCUCGGACAACUCACAUCAAAUGUGAAUGCGGCGACAAGAAGAAGAAGAGCGAUUCCGACUCUCACGAUACCCAUGGCCGUUGUGGCUGUUGCCAUGGCCAGCGAUGCACCUGUGCACUUAAAAAGGAACAUCUAGACACUGUGCCUGAGACCGGUCUCCCUUUCUCUCCACCGCUUCCAGUUGAAACGGCGCGGAAACCGCCUCUGACCUCGACCAAGUCCGAGUCGACUCUGACGAUAUUCCGCGACGGCCACCAUAAACCCGCCCAUAAACAUAAUGACAUGGCCCACAAAUGUGGAUUGCCUUAUACGAUUCCACGAUCACAUACUAUCCAUCACCCGUCCGAUCUACCCCGUCGGUCCGUGGAUCAUUUGCCGUUGGGCCAGUCGGCCUUUAUAAAGGAUCCUCUGGCCCUGUCUGAACACCCGCAAUCGCAACAAACAUCGCAAAAGGGCUCUCCGAAUAGUGCGCCAGCCUCGGGCGAUGACGACGUGAACCCCGUUCCUCUCGACCAGUUAUUCGACAAGUUUGCCACCCCUGCUCUCCCGCCAUUAGAUCGACCCAAUGAUGCGGUAUCGAAUCCGACUUCUGCUCCUUCUGCGAUGGAUAAAUAUCCCCUGGAGCAUAUUGUCACCAAUGUCCCACCCCUCGACGUCUCCACCUUUUCUUCCUUCCCGACUACCAGCACCAAUUCUCCGGCCACAUGCAUGGCCUUCCAAGAACCGUACCGAGAAUGUUACUUCACCUCUCCGGAUUCCGAUAUGCCUCUAGGCUCUGCCGGUAUUGGUGCUCCCUCUGUCGACUGGUCGAGCUUCCCCCUGUACUCCGAUGUCCCUGCCUCCACUAGCACACAAGCCCCGUCAUACGCCAGCUUCGAUUACACAUACCCAUCCGGUCUCCCACCACCGUCAUCAUCAGGGGAGAUCUCCGAGGCCGACGAGUUUGGACCGCUGCCAGGAUUAGGUCAUGCCGGGAAUGAUAUGCAUGAUCUGCACAGCGUCAGCGAAGCGUCGGACAUGGACCAUAUGCGCCUCAGCUCUGCCUCCUCAUUGGUCGGUCUGCCCCAGACGCGUCUCCUCUCAUCCAAUGACCUGGACUCGAUCAACAUCGACGACUUCCUCAAGUCGGCCAAUGAGUCCACGGCCGCGCUCGAGCACCAGCUGCAAGCCAACAUGGACCCCAAACCGGUUCCCUCGCAGGACCUCUACGCCAUGUCGCAGGCCCCGGGAUACAAGCCCAUGACCACGGCCCCGAUGACGAUGCCCUCGCCGCCAGACUCCGUCCCUAUCUGGCCGACCGGUCUCUUCGACGCCGACUCCACCCCGCCCAUGGACGACAACUUCUUCCAGCAGUCCUGGGCGCAGUAA